AUGGUCAAUUGCAAGAAACAGCAGCGGAACAAGAAGGUAACGCUAUCCUCGAAGCCCUCCCCCACCAAGGGCAGAACAUUUACUGGAUGCUGGGCGUGCAGGUUCAAGAAGCGCAGGUGCGACGAGAACAGGCCGAUCUGCUCGCUGUGUGCCAAGCACGGGGACAGGUGCAGUUACGAUAUCAGGCUUAUGUGGCUGGAGGAGAACAUUUACAAAGUGCGCAAGCAUGCGCUGAUCAAUUCCAUGCAGGCCGGCAAAUCGAAACCACUAUGCCAGAAGAUCUCCAAGAGCAGGUUCAAGGAGAUGACCCAUUUCAGACAGCUCUCGCCUCCAACAAGUGACAGUGAAGACACCACGCAGGAGCCCAGCAAGAACACCGUGCUCCCCAACGAGAACACAUUCACGAUAAGCGUCCGGCGGUUGAAGAUCUACAACAACGCGGUGGCCUCUGUGUUCGGCAGCCUCUCCAACAGGAACUACAAUCAAAAGCACAUAGACAAGAAAUUGGACCAGUUGCUGGACAUGGUGGAAAGCGACAUAUCCAUUGCUAACCCGAGCUGCGCCAAACACGGUCCUUACUCGGUUUUCAAAGCCAACCCGGAUGCCUCCACGACCGCCGCCACGAUAACGCUCACAGAUCCGCUUCCGUCACCAGGCCACUCCCUGUCUUCUGCCGAUGAGGCGACUGCAAACAUCCUGUCGUCGCCGGAGGACACCACCUCGCUGAUCGAUAUCAUCCAGGGCAAGAUCUUCGGGAUCCUGUGGUUCAACUGUUACGGGAACAUGAUCUUGAACCGACAGGAGUACACGACGUGGUUCAUCAACAAGAUGAGGAACUCGCUGACCACAGAAUUCGUCCGCUUCCUGGGGAAAAUCAUAGACGAUCCGGACAUCAACAUGGCUUCGUGUCUGUUCAAAGAGUGCACCGCUCGUUGGGACUGCGUCGAUUGGCAGUCCAUAGCUAUAACAAUGCUGGUCAUCAUCCAUGGAUACACCUGCCCCAACCUGACAAAGCUCCUUAGAGUGUGGUUCCUCCAGCAACUAUCCUUGAAGUUCUCUAUGUAUCCGCUGAUCAACUUUAUCAUAAACAACACGCAGGAUUUAGACGUUCUGUACCACUGCAACGAAUUGCUGGGCAAUGCGGAGUUGUUCGAAGACCCUUACCAGGACGAACUCACUUCCGAACUGCAUGUCUUGGUCACGGAGCGUCUAGUGAACAACUGGAAGGACAGAAUACUGCAGCAGCUUUGCUCUUGCCAAGACACUACACUUUCAUGUUCUCAAUUACGGUAUUGGCAACUACAAUUAAAAUGCAACGAACAAUUUUAUAAAGAUGUCUACGCCAUGCAGGAUUAG